ACCGCGGCUGUCAGCGGCUUUAUACCCCGCCGCUGGGAGGACACGCCCCCCGGGUUCCCACCACUCACAGGGCAGAAAGUGAUUAGCUCAUCGCGGCUGUCAGUCACGCGUAUCUACGGCGGCUUCCUGUGUGAGCCGUUGGACUCGCUCUGUCUGCAGAGAGUCUCCGGUAUGGGCAGCCGCCUUCUACUCCUCAACUUUUCACCGGAGAUUUUACCACAGUUUCUCUCCAUUUGACACGGUUUACACCAGCUGGAGAUGGAUUUCUGAACGGAAGUAAGCCGCCAGAGAGCCCGACGCGAGUUAACUCGACCGUUUAGAUUCAUUUUGGUUUUUUUUUUGUUGUUGUUGGAGUUGUUGAAGGAAGAGGGAAAAUGCCAGUUGCAACUCUUCUGCCUUUCACCGCGACCCCGAAUAGGAAGUCUGCCAGCCCGACCUCGUUCAGGUUGACAGAGAAAUUCAUCUUGUUGUUAGUGUUCAGCGCUUUUAUAACCCUGUGUUUCGGGGCCAUUUUCUUCCUACCGGACUCGUCCAAGCUGCUUAGCGGAGUUUUCUUUCAUUCCUCCGCGGUGGAGACCAACACCCGCACCGGUCCGGACAGCAGCGACUCGGGUUCGGCUGGGAACGACGAGAGGGUUCUGGCCAAAAUCAGGAAAGACCACGAAAAGGCUCUGAUAGAGGCCAAGGAUACGUUACAAAAACGGCCCGACGAGAUCAAACAAGACAUUAUAAAUGAGAAGGAAAAAGUUGCAAAGGAGAGUAUGGGUCAAGGUGGGAAGGAUGGCAAUAAUUUACCUUUCGUUGAGUAUCACCGCCCGCCCGGGACGACUGGACACGAACCCCUGGACCCCGAAACCAGGGAGAGACGGGCUAAAGUCAAAGAGAUGAUGAAACAUGCGUGGGACAGCUACAGGCGCUACGCCUGGGGUUCCAACGAGCUCAGGCCCGUCUCCAAGCAAGGCCACUCCAGCAAUCUAUUUGGCAGCAUAAAGGGAGCCACAAUAGUGGAUGCUCUGGAUACCCUCUAUAUCAUGGAAAUGUUUGAAGAGUUCGAUGCUGCGACUGACUGGGUAGAGAAGAACCUCGACUUUAAUGUGAAUGCAGAGGUGUCUGUGUUCGAGGUGAACAUCCGGUUUGUUGGAGGUCUGCUGUCCGCCUACUACCUGUCUGGGAAAGAGGUAUUCCGUAGGAAGGCGGUGGAGCUGGGUGAAAAGCUUCUGCCAGCCUUCAAAACGCCCACCGGCAUCCCCUGGGCUCUGCUUAACCUCAAGAGUGGUAUCGGUAGAAACUGGCCAUGGGCAUCAGGUGGCAGCAGCAUCCUGGCAGAGUACGGCACCCUUCAUUUAGAGUUCAUGCACCUCAGCAAACUCUCAGGGAAUCCUGACUUUGCACAGAAGGUAAUGAAUAUCCGGAAAGUACUAAAUCGUCUGGACAAACCCCAGGGGCUGUAUCCUAACUACCUGAACCCCAACAGUGGCCAGUGGGGUCAGCAUCACGUGUCUGUGGGUGGUCUAGGUGACAGUUUCUAUGAGUACCUGCUGAAGGCCUGGCUCAUGUCUGACAAGACUGAUGAGGAAGGAAAGAAGAUGUACUAUGAAGCCCUUCAGGCGAUAGAAACUAACCUGAUGAGGAAGUCGAGCAGCGGGCUGACAUACAUAGCCGAGUGGAAGGGGGGUCUUCUGGAGCAUAAGAUGGGUCACCUGACCUGUUUCGCAGGAGGUAUGAUCGCUCUGGGUGCCGAUGGAGCGCCCAGCGACAAGACGGGCCACCAGAUGGAGCAGGCCGCUGAGAUCGCCCGGACCUGUCAUGAGUCUUACACCAGAACAGCUUUGAAGCUGGGUCCAGAGGCAUUCCGUUUCGAUGGUGGUGUCGAGGCCAUUGCCACCCGCCAGAACGAGAAAUACUUCAUCCUCCGUCCUGAGGUCAUAGAGACCUACAUGUACAUGUGGAGGUUCACCCACGACCCCAAAUACAGGGAGUGGGGCUGGGAGGCUAUACAGGCUCUGGAGCAGCACUGUAAAGUAGAAGGAGGCUACAGCGGCAUCAGAGACGUCUACGCUUCAACUCCCAACCAUGACGACGUGCAACAGAGCUUCUACUUGGCCGAGACACUCAAGUAUCUCUACCUGCUCUUCUCUGACGACGACCACCUACCGUUCGACCACUGGGUCUUUAACACCGAGGCUCACCCUCUGCCCGUCAUCAAGAAGGACAAAACGGACAGACCCAACGAGGUGGAGUAGUGGACCUUUCCUGCGCUGAGAACCUCUGAUCCUGAAUACCUGAGCCUCCAGCUGUCUGUCUGAAAACAGUAUAGCUAUUUGGAGUCCCCGAUGGUUACAGAUGCCUCUUAAUUGGAUUUUCUUUAAUUUUUUUGAAUUUUUUUGAUUUUUUUUUUUUUUUCUUUUUUUUAAUGGGAUCAAAAUAGAGUUCAGGCCUGUCGGCUCUGAACUCUCGCUGUAGAAUCCAUUUUUUUUUCUUUUUUUUUCUGCUUUUGAUCGUUCAGCUUUGACUGAACUGAACCAGCUGCUGGAUAACUCAAAACCAUGCGGUGAUAUCAUCAGAGAGGAAUUGUACGAUUUUGAUAGUUUUGCAAACACUCUCUGAAGAUGUCAUUUCAUUAAGUGGCAGUUUAUUUCACCGCCAGGUUAUUGUUUUUUUUUCUCUUUCCCAACUCAUUCAGAGGGACAGUGUGACCAGUUCUCACAUUAUUCGUCAGUGAUUUUGUUGUUCGUAGCUGCAGUUUGUUUUUGUGAAGGAGAACGCUGAUAGACCUGAACCAGUCGUCUCCCUAAUGUGGAUAUUUUGGACCCGAGCUUCGGGCUGAAAAACUCUCGUCUGAGGAUUACAAGGCUGACUCGGCGAGCUAAAGGACGCUCGCUUUGUUCUCUUCACAUGUGUCGUCUUUUUCCUUCUGCUGUACCGCUUCGAUAUCUGAAUAGAACCCGGUUUUCCCUGCGCCAGCGCUGGUGCCACCGCCACCCAUCACCUGCAUCGUCUGCAGAGAAAACAUUUUAUGAAAAUGUUUGUCUCUGUGGGAGUAAAAGGAAAGACGCAGCACAACCCGAGCCUCUUUUUAUAAAGCCACAGAACUUUUAGAUCUCUGCUUCCCCCUCCCGUUUCCUGACUGCUUCUUCCUGCCUGUGAGUUUGGUGUGACACAGGACGAGCAGCCACACCAGCUCUCUGCCUGCUCGUGAUUUCUGUCUUUCUCUCCCCACAACGUUUACACAAAGCUGUCCCUCGUCUUCUUCUCCUGCUUAGUUUUAGUUCAGUCAGUUUGGCCUGUCUUUUUCUGGAUUCAUUUCCUCUUGUCACACUUGCAGCUAUAUUUCUGGGGUUUGACCGAUACAAGUUUUGGGUUUUCCUCACUGAAGGUUUUUAGGAUGUUAUUUGCCUCCAACCAGAAAAAAAAAUUGCAACAUGCGAAAUUAAAGGUUACUCCCUAGAUUAACCUCUAAAUAUGGCCGCCGUUAGCUAAUAAGUCGUAUUUGCCCAGACUGGGAGCCUGAAGGACCGGAGUAUGUACUACGGGCUAGCUGGUUAGCAUGCCAACUUAAAGAGAUAUCUUUGUAACACAAAGCCUAGAUGUCUUUGAAAUAACGCAAUUUCUUCAUAUUUUGAUUAUAAUUUUAGCUAAUUCUUGAAUGUUUUAAUCUAAAAAUCUUACGUAUUGCACCUUUAAAUAAUGCCACUUUUUGACCCAUAGUAACAUAAUCCUACUUCAAGGUUCACUUUUGUUGAGCUGGUGACCUCACUUCAUGGUCUUACUCAGUACAUAGGACAGUUUGCUCAGCUGUAAAGCUGCGUACAAGACAGGUUUCAAUGUUAAUGGUGUCUUUUAAUUGCCUGGUAAGCCACACUGACCUGCCAUGGCCAAUCAAGCGAUCUUAUUGUUGAGUCCUGGAUGAGAAAGGCUGUGCAAUGUAGUUGACUGCUUUGAAAAAAAAGAGAGCAAGUGGACCUUGAGUUAGGUUUUUUUUAUUUAUCUACUUAUUUAUCAUCAAACAACAGUUUCCUCAAUUGAGGAUCAACUUUAAUGGUUGACAGCACUGCUGAAUUUACAUCUUUGAAACAAAGUAGUUCAAUUUAAAUUCCUUCUGUUCUUCCUCCUCCAUAACUUUCUUCCUCCUGUGAUCACUAAUCUCCUUGAAUCUGAACGUUUCCAUUCUUCAAACCAAAAUUUGUUAGACCCUUUCAGAUCCGCUCAAUAGGAUACUGAUGGAUCGUGUUCAUCAGCGUGUCGGUCAAACCCUCUGUCUCGGCGUAGAUCAGCUGUAGGAUCUUCUCUCCUCUAUGAGGAGACACAGACACUCGACUUCGUUGUAAUAUUUCACCCUCACACGCGCGCGCGCACACACACGCACACACACAACACAACACAAGAAGCCAUACUGAUUCUCUACAGCUUUACCAUUCUGUCGUUGAGACUUUUGAUCCCUUCAUCCUCCACUCAUCGGGGUGGAGGCAUGUGCGACUCUAUUGACACAGGCCGUGUUGCUGUUGUUGUACGUUACAUCCAGCAAGUUCUCAACUCAUUCAGUUGGAUUUUAUGGUAAAGGGUUUCUCCUGAUGCCACACAGAACUGUAGCCAGAUUAAAAUCCAGUUUAGUCUUCAAUCUAGUGCCUUCACUGAGGAGUCGGAGGGAGAGCAGCUCACACAAACACAAAAGAGUCGGGUUUUAGAAAGUCUUAGAGCUUUAAGUAAAGUUCCCAUGUGUCAGAUGAGGAUUAUACCAAAAUUAGAGACAGAUUAAAGGAUAAUUCCUGCUUUUUCAUUCAAUAUUUAGUGUAAAUUUGGCUUGAGUUCAGCCCAAGAGUCAGGAAAAACUUCUUUGUGAUUAGUUUGAGAUAAGACCUCUGAAGGUCUGUCUGAGAGUCGCACUCAACGAUUUAACAAUGAAAAAAGUCUUAGACACUGAUACUAUUCUUUACCAAGCCUGGGAGGAACUAGUCACCAGUCACCUUUGACUACACUGACAUCUAGUGGUGAGAUCUUCCAGUUACAUUCCACAUGAGACCUGGGCUAAAUGGAUGGAGUCUGAUGGUAGUCAGUCUUACACUUGUGAUUUUCACCCCUUACGCCGCAAUGUUGACUUGAUGGAAACAAGGAAAUUAAGCGACUCAAAUGAGAAGAAUCUCAAAUAUUGUUAUGUCGUCACAUAAUUGAAGGAGCUAUGAGGCCUCAUUUAUGAAAAAUAUGAUCUAUCCAUAGCUAAAAUCAAAUGGUGUGCUUACAAAAAAAUGCACUUAAGCAAGUUAGGAGACAACCAUUAGUAACUGGUGUGUGAUCCAUCAGUCUCAGAUCAUCCCAGGUGGACUGAACCUGCUGUGUAGUUUCCCUUACCUUUCCCAUACCAACAAAAUUGAGUCAGCAGAAGUCUGGACCCCAAGAGAAAAUCUGACUUUUUUAUAGAUGUAGAUGAGUAGAUCACAUCAAUGGUAAGGGAGACUGAAGCCAGACAGCACGUAGUGUUAAGUGGAUUAAACAGUAGUGUUGACGGAGACAAGCAUGCAGAUCAGGAAUGUGUCGUCUUUGUACAUUUUUCAUAAAGCUAAUGUAAAGUUCACCACAGGAUUGGCACAGGAUUUUCCCUGCAAAACCAUAAGGAAGAAUCAUUUUAAUCAAUUCAAGACUUCACUUGAAGUUGAUCAGAAUUGACUGGAUAAAUGAGGCCCCAGCUCCUGAGCCCAUGAAAGAAGGUAAAAUAUCAGAAUUUAAGUCUGGAUCUUUAAAAUUAUGUAUUUUACUUAUUUUAGACCUACAACUGAUGAGAAGUGUUUUGUCAACUGAUAAUAACUUCAGUUAUUAUCUCAUAUAAGUGCAUGUGACACAGGAAGGUGUGUGAUUAUAACUCUGCCCACAUUCAGCUCCCUUUCAGUGCUCCUGUUCCCACAAAUGAGCUUUAAGUGUCACUGGGAGAUCUGGCAGAUGGCGAGUCAUAGAAAGUUCAUUCAACAACUGCGUGGCCGUCUGAAGUAUUCUGCUGGAGUGGAUUCAUUUCUUUCAGCCAUCUGACAGAAGUGAGAACUGCUGGCUGAACUGAGCUGAACCACAACAGGUUGUUCUAACGACAUUUGGCCCAGGUAUCACAGGCUCGCUGUACAGCUGUAGGAAAGGAAAAAACACACAAUUUUGGGGGGCAGAUAGAUGCUUUCUUGCUCAUUGUUUUCCCACAUUUUACAUCCCCAUGCAUCCAAAAUGUGUUGUUUUCUACUGCAAGAUGAUGCUGAUCACAGCAGCCGCGCAACCUGUUUUAAAAUCCAAGUCACUCCCAGAUGAUGUUAUUCUUUUACUCGAUUCUCACCUGGUUGUAAUUAUUCAAACUGACUUCCUUGAUUUUACUUUAAACCAAAUGAAAUAAGUGAGCCCUACCCACAUAGCGACCGACAGACAUAUCAUAUUUAAAUUGAAUAUAUUAUUGAGUUUCUGAGCUGUGAGAAUCCCUCCGUGUUCUUGAUAUCACUGUACAGACGACAGUGUCUCUGUGUUUCAUCUUUGUUUUGUUUAGUUAGCUGGUUUAGAAGCAUUUUAUUAUCCAUGUGAAGUUGUAUUGUAAUGGUUGAUUUUUUGCUGAUUGUGUUAAUUUAUUCUGUAGUCGUGAACAUAGGACUUGGACGGUGUGUGAGCUGACCCCCAGGUGGCGCUCUGGGUUAUACAGGUAUCUACCAAAAAAAAAAAAAAAGACAUCCUGAACUGAUGUCUGUAAAUGUAAAAAGGUCCUGUAGGUGUUGCAUUUCUAACCUAAAAUAUCAUAUUAGCAUCAGUGAAUUAGAGGUGUUAAAAAUGCUGCUCACAGUUGGAUUAAAGCGACGUUAGCGAUGUGGUUUAAUGUCACAAAGAGGGCAGCGAACCCACCUGGGAGUCGAACGGACAACCUCACGGGAGGAAAGGAAUCGUAUGAAUGUACCAUCCAAUGUGAAGUGAAGAAUAUUUUAUAUGCAUUUUUGUCUUCUUGUGUUCACUUCUCUUGUUGUUGUUUUUCUUGUUUUUACUUUAUUUUGGAAAGCACAAAAAAGUUGAAGCGACGUGUGCCAGCGGAGCAAAGUCUGCAGUGAGCGACAGGCCUGUUUAAACGCAGCGUCCAUGUGCCGUUGAUGUAGGAAAUGAUCCAAAUCUGCCACAUGAGGUGCAUCGGUUCAUUUAUGUUUUAUUGUUCUGGUUUAUUCGGACAUACAAACACGGACAUAUAGGAAUAUUUGGUGUUCUUCGUACAGUAUAGUGUUAAAACACAGAAGCUGCUUCACAGAAAUUCAGAGAAUAGGAGACGCAAAAUAUCUGAUUCUGAUUGAUCAGGAUUAGAUGGAAAUUUAUCACAUUGUAGAAAGCGGUGAUAUAAUGUAGCUCAGUGUCCAUUAUGGAGACACUUUAAUGUUGAUUGUUGAUUUUAACCUGCUAAUUUGAAAAAAAUAAUAAUAAUAAUAAUAAUCACAAUUUGAUGUUGGUUAGUACUGAGCUGGUGACCAAUGAAAGUGACUUUGAAGGUCCCAUAUUGUGCUGAUUCUAGUUUUUUUUUUCUCAUAUUGUUCAUUGCUGCAGCACCUCUAUUCAGCCUCUGUCUGAAUGGUCCUUUUUAGAGCAACAACUGUGUCUUCGACAUCACAACCCUAUGUGUGUAUUUUAUUUCAUUUUUGACCAUUUUGAUACUUUGGCAGUAUUUAUAUCUGCUUAUAAUUAAAAUAAUGAUAAUAAUAAUAGCAUCUCACUUUGUAAAAUAUGGGACCUUCAAGGCAUCACGCUACUUAAUCUUUUGAUAAGCAUUAAGCAUAUUAUAUUGGGACCGUUAGAGCUGUUUCGGUGGUUAUCGGGUGCAUUUUAGUUUAAGUCACGAGCUAACACAGAAUGGUGGGUGGACAUGAUGGAGUUAACCACUGGUGGUAGUGUUCUUUCCUUAAGUACAAUGUUUAAUAACUCCAUGCAGAACUUCAUUUGAAAAAUAUGUAUUUUUAGGCUACAUUGCAGCACUGAGAUAUUGAUGCUGCCCAGAUUUGAUUUGAUUAUAGUUGUCUGGUCACAGAUCGGACUUGUAUUCUUACAAAGAUUUGUAUAAUGGUGGAGGUUAUAUUUGAUGUGAGUAUGAUGGUGUGAGUCAUUUUUCAAAGAUUUCUUAUUGGACAUUUCAAUGAAGAUGGUUUGCAAGUAGAUGAGUUUUUUCUCGCCCUAUGUUAAGAUUGAUUAGUGCAAUUUUACAGUCUGAAAUUUGAUUUGGGGGAUUUUAAAUUUGUAAAUGUGUGUAGACUUGCAUUUUGGAAUCGUGGAAGCUAAGAAACAUCAGACUUGAAUUUAGACUUAUUAAAGGGCUGAUCCACUGCAAUUUCAUGACUUAUCAGCAAAGCUGGGUAUAACAUGAGUCCAGCAUUUGUUUGCAUUUACUGUGUAUAGGUGCCCUUUAAAAAAAGUUUAGACAUGAUUUUUUGUUUUUUGUUUUUUUCACUCAUGUGACACUGAUCUGGUCGUUUCACUAUCUGAACAGGAAGGAAAUUCAGAAUGUAUUUGGUUUUUCGUGUGAGCCGUCAGUGUAAAGUCUGCUUUAGCGUCACAUAGCGGGACAUCAGGCAUCUGCUCAUUUCCAUAUGCAGAUUUUGUCCCUUUUUCUUUCUUUUUUUUUCUCAAAAGGUUGAAUUGUUUUUGGUGAUUUUUCUGAAUAUUGUGUUGACGAUCUGUUGCGUUCCAAUGCCUUUUUAUUGGUGAUUAUUAGAGGGCAAUGUCAGCCUUUUUUUAGGAAUUCAGAACAAAGUCAGUCCCUGUGAAGCUGCACCACUUCUAAUUUAUAUCACACUGACAUCAUUACUUUUCUUUACACGUGGUGCAUAAUCACUAAAAACGACUGACCUGUCCCGGGACUCAAAUAAUCUGAAUUUUUAAAAACAUUGUUGGCAUUGCCCUUUUAAAGGUUUAAAUGCGUGAAACCAACCUCAGAAAUGUAUCUGUACAAAAUAUUGCUGAUAAUCAUUCCAUUGCACAUAGUUUACUUUGCGUUUAUAUGCAAUAUAUUAAUUUUGUGGGGAAAUCUGUUUUAUUGUGUUAAUAUUAUUAUUGAAUAAAAAUGUAAAUAUUCCAUUCCGGCAAAUGAGCCGUUCUACAUUUAUAUAAAAAAAAAUCUUCUGAGUUUAUGGAUUAAAAUGAUAUUAAUAAGCAGCAGACUUUUUAAUAAACUAUAUUUGUUACACUUCUAUUGUGAAUAAAAAAUCUUUUAAUAA